GUGUCCAGACCACAGCCGAUGAGUUACGGACUUCGAACCUGAAGCUAAAACAUCAUGGAGUCCAACCUGAACAGAAUGAAGCUCUGCCACAUGAUCCUGACGCUGCUCGCCGUCCCAGGUUGCUUUGGGCUUCCAUCAGUCUUCCUCAGUAAGUCUGAGGCAAACCGGGCAUUAACGCAUCGUGUCCGACGGGCAAACUCCUUCCUGGAGGAGCUGAAGCUGGGCGAUCUGGAGAGAGAGUGUCUUGAGGAGAUCUGCUCUUAUGAGGAGGCCAGAGAGAUCUUCACCGUCCCCGAACAACUGGUGAGGAGAACAAGACCUUGGAAAGAUCUGCUCAGACUGACGUAG